AUGACACACAUCGAGAGCACGUCAACUUCAAAAAUACAUUUAAUCGAGGAUCUGAUCGCGAGCAAAGAUGUCGCAUUUUUCCCGUAUACUCAAUUCAGCAACAUCACACAUAUAAGUCCUGGGAUUUAUGGUUCGGAAUGGGAUGCCAAAUGGACGACACGAAAUAUUAAUGUACAACUAAAAAGCUUUAAUCACGUUUUUGACAAACAUGACGAAGCGAUACAAAAAUUUAUUAAACAAUUGCGAGAAGUUGCCAAACUUCCCCCUCACAAUAAUAUCUCGACCUUUCAUGACACCAAGAAGCAAAUGUAUUUUGUUAUACUCGAAUCGACAGCUAAUGGGCUGCCACUACCAGAAUUCUUAAAAAGAUCGACUACACUUUCCUGGACAGAAAAAUUCAAACUAGCCAAACAAAUAUCUCUCGGAAUCCAACAUUUACACAACAAUUCAAUUGUGUUUAAAGAAUUGAAUACUUAUCGUGUUAUUGUGGAAGAAGGAGAGCUUAAAAUUACGGGCGUUGGUUUAUCCGCGACAAAUGAUUCGUCGGUGGCACAAACACUAUUUGAUGGUUCUCAAUUAUACAAAGAUCCAUGGAUUCUCCAAGAUUCCGCCUACAAAACCAAGAAAAGUUCAGAUAUCUAUAGUCUAGGUAUUAUAUUUUGGGAAUUGACUAGCGGGAGACGACCUUUUUCAAAUGAUCCACGAGAAAUGUCAAAACUAACGACAAGUAUAAUGAACGGGGAACGAGAAACGCCAAUAGCAGACACACCCAAAGAAUAUUCGGAUCUAUAUCAACGCUGUUGGGAAAGAAACGCGGACAAGCGUCCAUCGAUAGGGCAAAUUGUUCAAGCGCUUUCAUUAAUUGAAACAGGGGAUGCGAUAUUUAAAAGAAGAGAUUCUGAAGAUAGAUUUGAAUUUAUGGAGACAAUAGACGAAAUAGACAACCAGAGAGACGAUAUUGCUUUAGUUGACGAUGACUCUGAGUCGAUUUAUGCUCGCGGGAGCGUCUAUUCACAAUUUUCUCAAAGUUCACAUCAUCAUAGAACAACUGCUAGAGAAAGAAAAAUACCAAAAGAAUUUGUGUUUUCGGGUGAGGAAAAAAUCGGACGAAAAUGGUGGCAUUCAGUUUUAUGGUGUAUUUAA